UUGGUGUUUCGUGGUCCAAGCAGAAGCCGCUCACCAAAAUGACAGCAAAGAAGUCUGGCUCACGACUGGAGACCGAGAUAGAGCGGUGCCGUUCAGAGGGACAGUGGGAUAAAAUACCGGAGUUGGUUCGACAACUCUCGGCUAAGUUGAUAUCAAACGAUGACCUCGGAGAGUUGUUGUUGGGGGAAUGCAAGCUUCUGACAUACCUGAAGGAGAAUCCAAUUAAACAGGGCGCGAGUCCGAGAGGUCCACGACCAAAACUGGUAGAGGUCAGGAAGCACCUCACUGCUGCUCUGGACAGAGGAAACCUCAAGGCUGAUUACCUCCAGGAAGCGAGUCUUCUCAUGGCCAAACUCAGUUAUGUCGAGGCCGAAUACAGAGACGCUUUAGGUCACUAUAACAGGGUGAAUAUGGAUGACAUGCAGCUGGCGGGAGCUCCAGUAUAUAGGCUUUCUAUGAUUGCAGAAGCCUAUGCCACUAAAGGCUUGUGUCUAGAGAAAGUCCCAGCUGCCUCUCCACUGCUGUCCAAUAAGAACGCCGGUUCGCCUUCCUCCAAUCGUAACAGAACUGAACGAGAGCAAGAAAUAAUCACCUGCUAUGAGAAGUCGGGAGACAUUGCUCUGCUGUACCUUCAGGAGGCUGAGAAGGCAUUGUCAGCUGGAAUUCAGAAUCGCAGCCCAAAGCCUGGUCCGACUUCCCAGGACCAGGAACUGGGUUACUUCCUGGAGACAGGCCUACAGAGAGCUCAUGUCAUCCAUUUUAAGAAUGGAAACCUGACGCAAGGUGUUGGGCGAUUUCGAGAAAUUCUUCGAGCCGUUGAGACCAGAACAACACAGAACCUGCGCAUGACCAUAGCGAGACAGCUGGCAGAAAUCUUGCUCCGAGGAAUGUGCGAACAGAGUUACUGGUCUCCUGUGGAAGACCCACCCACUGUGUCACCGCUGGACGAUCCCACGCGGCAAGGACACAUCCAAAGCAAGAAGUACAGCUUAAGCCGACGCCCACGAGUGUACUCAGGAGAGAAUCUUUUUUGCCCCCAGGAGAACACAGAAGAAGCAUUAUUGCUGCUCCUCAUCAGUGAGUCCAUGGCUAAUCGUGAUGCUGUCCUAAGCAGGAUUCCCGAACACAACAAUGAUCGAAUCAUUAGUCUACAGUCUGCUUCAGUGGUGUACGACCUGCUAACUAUAGCUUUGGGCAGGAGAGGGCAGUAUGAGAUGCUGUCGGAGUGUUUGGAGCGAGCCAUGAAGUUUGCCUUUGAGGAGUUCCACUUAUGGUACCAGCUUGCACUGUCUUUAAUGGCUGCUGGGAAAUCCGCUCGUGCUGUUAAAGUUCUGAAGGAGUGCAUCCGUCUAAAGCCAGACGACCCCACCAUACCGCUGCUGGCUGUCAAACUGUGUAUCGGACCCCUGCACUGGCUGGAUGAGGGCGAGUGCUUUGGCAAAAUGGUGAUUGACAUGGGGGAGAAAGCAGCCGAGUUUCGAGCAAAAGGCUACUUGGCUGUUGGACUGGUUUACAGUCUCAAAGCCACAGAUGCAUCAUUGCGAAGCACCCAAGAAGAGUAUCAGAGGAAAGCUUUGGGAGCCUUCCAGAGAGCUCAGAGUUUGUCUCCAACAGACCAUCUAGCAGCCUUCUACCUCGCACUGCAGCUGGCUGUGUCCAGACAGAUUCCCGAGGCGCUAGGCUAUGUUCGACAGGCGUUGCAGCUUCAAGGGGAUGAUGUUCACUCCCUUCACCUGCUGGCCCUGCUGCUCUCAGCACAGAAACACUACCAGGAUGGUCUCAAUAUUAUAGAAAUGGCCCUGUCUGAGUAUCCAGAGAACUUCAAUUUGCUCUAUACAAAGGUGAAGUUGGAGAGUAUGUGCAGAGGAUCAGAAGACGCUUUGCUCACCUGCAAACACAUGCUGCAGAUCUGGAAGAGCUUUUACAACCUUACAAAUCCCAGUGAUUCGGGACGUGGCAGCAGUCUGUUGGAUAGAGCUGUAGCGGAUCGACGACAGCUCAACGCCAUGACUCUGCCAGACUUCAGUGACCCAGAUACUGGUUCUGUGCAUGCGACAUCAAUAGCAGCAAGCCGUGUGGAGCAGGCGUUGUCUGAGGUGGCCUCCUCCCUGCAGAGUAGUGCCCCUAAGCACGGACCCCUGCACCCCUGGAUGACUCUGGCUCGGAUCUGGCUGCAUGCAGCUGAGGUAUACAUCAGCAUGUCGAAGCCUGCUGAGGCAUCGGCCUGCACUCAAGAAGCCGCCAACCUCUCUCCCACAUCCCAUAACGUGCUUUUCAUGAGGGGGCAGAUCGCAGAGCUCAGAGGCAACACAGACGAGGCUAAGCGGUGGUAUGAAGAAGCCCUGUCCAUCAACCCGACGCAUGUCAAAACCAUGCAGAGACUGGGUCUUAUUCUCCACCAGCUGCAACGCUACAGUUUGUCAGAAAAAGUUUUGAGGGAUGCAGUGCAGGUCAACAGUACGGCUCAUGAUGUGUGGAACAGCCUCGGUGAGGUGUUGCAAGCUCAAGGGAACGCCGCUGCCGCUACGGAGUGCUUCCUCACCGCUUUGGAGCUGGAGGCCAGCAGCCCUAUCCUCCCCUUCACUAUCAUUCCUAGAGCAUUAUGAGACCCACAAACACACACGCACACAAAGUGUAGCGUACUGGAGCACAAAAACAGGCCUGCGACAAAUUCACACACCAAAUACGGAGCAUGCCUGCAUGACACUUGCGCACACAUUAUAGUCAAAUGACAAAGUCUCCCUUCCCAUAAUGCCUUGCUGGAACCCCCCCCUCCCACCUCCGGCGAUGCUGUUUUGUCAUGUUUGGGUGUGUUUGUGUUCUAUUUACGGUGCAUUUUGACUCAUUUCCUACCUGAAGAAGAAGAGUUUACAUUCUGUUUACGUCGUUCGCAUACUGUAUGUGAUUCCAGCACUGACAGCGACGACAACAAACACAAGUGCGUGUCUUGAUGACACUUGGUUAGAGCCAAGCGAUUUGAUUCGCCAAAAUCUGCGCAUACUAUACACACACAGUAACAUAACGCUGGCCGCUUUCUGCUAGCCGGAAUGCCAAAAUACAAUACAGAAUCUAGCGUUCCAAUGCAAGUACUGUACAGUGGUACCUCGAUUUAGAAGUGCUCACACGCACCAGAUUUUCGGAAUACUAGCCAUUGCUCGGCCAAUUUUUCUUUAUUUUUUUCCCUUCUUUUUAGGCAGUUAGCUAGUGGGAGUAAGCAGUAUAGAAAAUGGAUGGAUGAAUAAUUCUUCCGACAAAGGGUCAAGUGCUUACUUUAACCUGUUUAUUGCCACUCCUAGUUGAUGUUUACUGUAAAACUAAACAUAAACCAAAGAAUUUCACUUUGUGUAUUUAACCAAACCACAUUCAGCCACGGUAAAAAAAUGCUUAAGACUACCCUUAUUUCUUCAAUGUCAUUUUAAUGCCUGGUACCAUUAAAGGUCUAUUACCUGAAGAAUACAUAAGCUUAAUGGUAUUAUUAAAUAUGAUUUUCGUUGUCAAGAAAACCAUGGAAAAUGGCUAGAUAUCAGCUCUUAAAUUAAACUCUUUUGAGCUAUUUUUGUUGUCGCCAUUAUGUUUGUCCAAACAAAUGUACCUUUGGUUGUACCAGAUGUUAAAAAUGAGCAAGAAAAUUCAGAAAUAAGGGUGGUGUAAUCAUUUUCUCCAUGACUGUAACUUUGCCUCACAGAAGUCCACUAGCUUAAUGCUAACGCACAAUGCAAAACACCAUAGACAGGCAAACUAAACUAGCAGCGAUGUCGUGUGAGGUGUAACCCUGUUUGGACACAAAUAGUGUAGCAGCACAGAUAUAUAUAUACUCGUAAACUAAACUAAUAUUACUCCGCCUUAGUUGUAACUGUCUUCGUUUUGUUUUUUUUCUCCCCGCCAAGGCACGCACACCAGAAGGAGACCCAUUGACUUGAAACAUGAAUGAUACAACACUAUUUUUCGUAUUUAUAAAAGCAUUACAUAUUUUGUGGGGGGGUGUCGUUUGGGGGCUGGAAUGGUUUGUUGGCAUUUCAAUGGGGAAAGAUAAUUUGUGAUAGGAGUAUUUUGAGUUAAGAGCCUAGUCAAGUAACAAAUUAAACUCACAAGUCGAGGUGCCACUGUACAUUGACUUUUUUAAGCGUAACUGUGUUUCUAUAAGUUGUUGGAAAUGUUGCCUGUAUGUUGUAUUAUGCUGGUUCUCAUUGAGAUUCUUUUACUGUAAGCCAAUAAAGUAGCUGCACCUGUUUGCCAAGAUUGAAAUGAGAUUGUCUAAAUAGUACCUGAACCUUUUGCCAGCAGCAACUAGCCUGGCCUCACCUUUCCUGUUCGCCACGAAGCUACAGGCCUUAGUUUUAAUGUCACAUUUUGGACACAUAAUCAGUAUUUAUUGUACAUUGUCAAGUCACAAAAGGGUGCAAAUAAGCAUAUUUGCCGAAAUAAUUGUUAACUCGGCACCUGCAAACAAAUGAAAAACUAUUUGGGAGGAAGUUGUUGUCAAAUCUCCUUUUUUUGUGAUCUGUGAACUGUAAAUGCACCUGUACAUGUAUAACCCCAAUUCCAAUGAUGUUUGGACGUUGUGUUAAACAUAAAUAAAAACAGAAUACAAUGAUUUGCCAAUCACGUUCAACCUAUAUUUAAUUGGAUACACUACAAAGACAAGAUAUUUAAUGUUCAUACUGAUAAACCUUAUUGUUUUCAGCAAAUCAUCAUUAACUGAGAAUUUUAUGGCUGCAACCUGUUCCAAAAAAAAGCUGGGACAGGUGGCAAAAAAGACUGAGAAAGUUUAGGAAUGCUCGUCAAACACCUGUUUGGAACAUCCCACAGGUGAGGAGGCUAAUUGGGAACAGGUGGGUGCCAUGAUUGGGUAUUAAAGGAGCUUCCCUGAAUUGCUCAGUCAUUCACAAGCAAAGAUGGGGCGAGGUUCACCUCUUUGUGAACAAAUACGUGAGAAAAUAGUCGGAAAAGUUUAAGGACAAUGUUCCUCAACGUGCAAUUCCAAGGAAUUUAGGGAUUUCAUCAUCUACAGUCCAUAAUAUCAUCAAAAGGUUCGGAGAAUCUGGAGAAACCACUGCAUGAAAGCGGCGAGGCCAGAAACCAACAUUGAAUGCCCGUAACCUUCAAUCCCUCAGGCAGCACUGCAUCAAAAACUGACAUCAAUGUGUAAAGGAUAUGACCACAUGGGCUCAGGACCACUUCAGAAAACCAAUGCCAGUACAUACAGUUCGGCGCUACAUCCGUAAGUGCAACUUGAAACUCUACUAUGCAAAGCAAAGGCCAUUUAUCAACAACACACAGAAACGCCGCCGGCUUCUCUGGGCCCGAGCUCAUCUAAGAUAGACUGAUGCAAAGUGGGAAAGUGUUCUGUGGUCCAACAAGUCCACAUUUCGAAUUGUUUUUGGAAAUUGUGGCUGCCGUGUCCUCCGGGCCAAAGAGGAAGAGAACCAUCCAGACUGUUAUGGACGCAAAGUUCAAAAGCCAGCAUCUGUGAUGGAAUGGGGCUGUGUUCGUGCCAAUGGCAUGGGUAACUUACACAUCUGUGAGGGCACCAUUAAUGCUGAAAGGUACAAACAGGUUUUGGAGAAACAUAUGCUGCCAUCCAAGCGACAACUUUUUCAUGGACACCCCUGCUUAUUUCGGCAAUACAAUGCCAAACCACAUUCUGCACGUGUUACAACAGCGCGGCCUCGUAGUAAAAGAGUGCGGGUACUAGACUGGCCUGCCUGCAGUCCAGACCUGUCUCCCAUUGAAAAUGUGUGGCGCAUUAUGAAGCGUAAAAUACGACAACGGAGACCCCGGACUGUUGAACAGCUGAAGGUGUACAUCAAGCAAGAAUGGGAAAGAAUUCCACCUACAAAGCUUCAACAAUUAGUGUCCUCAGUUCCCAAACAGUUUAUUGAAUGUUGUUAAAAGAAAAGGUGAUGUAACACAGUGGUAAACAUGACCCUGUCCCAGCUUUUUUGGAACGUGUUGCAGCCAUAAAAUUCAAAGUUAAUAAACUUUAUUGUUUUUAGCAAAUAAUCACCAGUUUGAACAUUAAAUAUCUUGUCUUUGUAGUGUAUUCAAUUCAAUAUAGGUUGAACAUGAUUUGCAAAUCAUUGUAUUCUGUUUUUAUUUGUUUAACACAACAUCCCAACUUGAUUGGAAUUAGGUUUGUACAUGUAUCUGCUUUAAAUGUAGUUCAGAUUUUUGUUUUACAGCAAAUUCAAAGUGUAAUGGUUGUAUAUUUUAUCGUGCCAUGUGUAUUAUUGUUAGAAAUGAAAUGAUUCUAUUUUCUGCAGAGAGCAUGAUGUUACUGAGAUGCUGCCAGGAACAGUGGCUCAUUGUUCCUUUCAUGCUGUAAAUUGAUGACUGAGCUGAGAAUGACAAUAAAAGUC